AUGUCCCAAGACUUGUCCCGAUUUCCACCCAACAGCCGUCUCCGUAAUACAGACAACAGUUCCUCUGUGGGUCACAUGUGCUACGAUCCGACGCACCUCGACCUCUCAAAACCCAGAGAGUCCGUGGCAGACUGGGUUGGGUCAGGCAAGUCUCUCCUUCCCGGCCAAGCCGUCUCGCUCGUGACUUUUGAGGAUGGCACGUCCACUCUCAUGUGUGCGGGCUGCGGUUUGAACGCAGCCAUUGUUGCUGUGGACGAUCGUGAACCUGAGAAAGGAGAACAAAUCUUUGGGACUGUUACACGAGAAGAUAUGGAGACGGCUGGUAUCUAUGAAGACUACAGAAACACGUUCCGGGAAGCGGCGUCAAUCAAGGUGGGUGCUGUAAUACAUCCAAAUGGAGAGCUGUUUUCAUGGACAAUGGAGAACCCCGUCUUUGAGGUCGACAAAGACUCCUUUAAAGAUGGAGCCAGUUUGGCGAGCGCUUUCCGAGAGUACGACCAACGUCAUCCAAUAGACCCAUUACGUGGCGUGAUAGCUCAGGCAAUGGCCACCCACUACGAAGAAAUGACCAACCAAUAUGACAAACACCGUGAUGAAAUGAUCAACAGGCAUGACGGCUGA